UCCACAUUUGCUUCUUUAUUACCAUCAGAGAAUAGUGAUGCUCAAUUUCUUUUCUACUUCCAGUGGGGAUAGGCAUUCUGAAGAAUACUGUGCAAUGUAUGAUAUUUGUGGAGAACGAAGUGAUGGCAAAGUUUUGAACUGUCCUUAUGGUUCCCCAUCUGUGAGGCCUGAUAAGUUGUUUUCCGAGAGAGUCCAAAGCUUGUGUCCAACAAUAAGCGGAAAUGUUUGUUGUACAGAGGCUCAAUUUGAGACAUUGCGUGCACAAGUUCAACAAGCAGUUCCUUUCCUUGUAGGCUGCCUAGCAUGCUUGAGGAACUUUCUAAAUCUUUUCUGUGAGAUGUCAUGUUCCCAAAAUCAGAGUUUAUUCAUCAAUGUGACUUCCAGUUCCAAAGGGAGCGGCAACCUGACUGUUGAUGGCAUUGACUUUUUUGUAACUGAUAGUUUUGGAGAAGGGUUAUACAACUCCUGCAAAGAUGUAAAGUUUAGAACCAUGAAUACAAGGGCGUUAGAAUUUGUUGGUGCAGGCGCUCAAACUUUUAGAGAAUGGUUUGCAUUUAUUGGUCAGCAAGCAGAUCUUGGUUUACCUGGGUCACCUUAUGCCAUUACCUUUCGGUCAAGGUUUCCUGAAUCAUCCAGAAUGGAGCUCAUGAACGUAUCUGUUUAUUCUUGUGGUGACACUUCAUUGGGAUGCUCUUGUGGGGAUUGCCAUGCGUCUCCUGUGUGCUCAGACUUAGAACCCCCUUCCCCCCACGAAAAGGAUCCAUGCUCCAUCAGUAUCGGGUCUCUUAAGGUCAAAUGCGUAGAGUUUUCAUUGGCAAUCUUUUACAUUAUUUUGGUAUCUGCACUUUUUGGAUGGGCUUUGUUUCAUCGGAGGCGAGAAAGGAGGAUAUCUUCAUCUAGCAUGACACCAUUAUUGAAUUAUGCAGAUGAAGGUGAAAUCAACAAUGGUCAUGUGCGAAAGGAUGAGAUGAAGGUGCAUGACGGGGUCUCUCAAGUGACAAGUGAAGUUCAACUUUCUCUUCUUCAAGGUUACAUGGCUAGUUUGCUACAGAGGCACUUCACCUCAACUAGCGCCUAAGUCUGCCCAUAAUAUUCGAAGGGCUAUAGAACUAGUGAACCAAUAGAUAUGUAGAACAGCAAAACAUCUGCAAGAAUACUAACCACCUUUUGCUUGGCAUGGUUUUAGUAAUUCUAGUUAUUUUGAAAAUAUGAAGUAUAAUUAGCACAAUGAGGUUCCCAUACAUGGCAAUUGCACCAUAACGUUAACGUUCAGGUCUCUCGUAGUUCUAUAUGCUGUAGAAUAUAUGCUGUAGAAUGCGAAGUUCACAUAAACCUAGAGAAUAAAAAAUAGGUUAACAAUGUAUGACUCAGUUUUGUUGAAUUGAACUGCAACCAACUAUCAAGCCAAACACCAAUUUUGUAGAUUUAACUAAACUCAUAAGUAAAUGAAAGAAUUGAAGUAAGAGGGACUUGAAAACCUAUCCACCGGCUUGGCUUAUAUGUAUUUGUUGCUUGUCCUCGCCAUUUGGUUCUAGAAUUUUCACAUAGGGAGAAAGAGUUGGAUAGAGUUUGAAAUAGAAAAAGAGAGAUCUGGUAUUUGAAAGGAAACACGGCCCUAAAACAAUCACGUCUAUGCCAGUGAGGGUGAUAGCUUCCUGAGAGCUUGAGGGACUGCGUGAAUUCUUUGCUGCCUGCGAAGUACAACUAACGUUAAUUUGAAAAAUGCAACAUAUCCGACCACGUUGUCUUGAUGGCGAGGCUGCUGGGUCUUAUUUCACUUACGAGUUGGAUUGUUGGUAGAAAUUCCACUUGUUUGGGCCUUUGUUUCAGCUAGGUAAUAAGUUCAAGGUGAUUAGUUUUGUAUAUCUUGACAAAAGGGUGUUUCUCUUUGAAUACGGUUACUGUUUGGGCCUUUCUGUUUGUUAUUCACAUGUCUUGUCACAAGAUGCACUUGUCUGACAACAUA